UUGUACGGUCACAGAGGGUUUUAAGAUGAAGCUUGAAGGGUGAAAGUCGAUAAACAGAAGCUUUUUAUUUAGUCUAUAAGCUUAAAGUCACAUGGAGCAGGCUUUUGUAUUAAUUCCGUGACUUAAGAAGACUUCAAAGCUAGUUUUACAGGUUAAAAACAAGUCUCACUGGCUGGAAAAACUAGUAUUAGCGCCUUCUCGUCCAAUCAAAAAAGACUUGUGGUAAACACGUCACUUCGAAGGAAACAAAAAUAUCACAUGAUUUCCACGCCGAAGGUUUUUGUUGUUWUCGAGUAAAAGUUUGCGGUGAUUUGGUCUUCUCUUUUGCUUGCUGUUCAUUCCUUCAAACAUGACUGAAGCGAAAAGACGUAAAAUUGCGGAUAGUCUUACAAACGGUGGCAUGAAUGGACAUGUAAACUUUGAAGGGUCAAAACACAASGGUUGUAAUGGCGGAGGUUUGACAGCCGACGAAAUUAUGGCCAUACGUGGAAAGCACAUCGGGAAGUCCUGCUACGUCCAUUACCCUAAGUCACCUCUCAAGAUCGCUUUUGGCAAAGACCAAUAUUUGUACGAUGACAAAGGGAACAAAUACUUGGACUGCAUGAAUAACGUCACACAUGUGGGACACUGCAAUGAAGAUGUUAUCAAAGCCUCGCAUGAGCAAAUGAGCACCUUAAAUACCAACAACAGAUUUUUAUAUGACAACAUUGUGCAUUAUACAAAAAGGCUGAUAUCAAAACUGCCAUCUCAUCUCAAUGUCUGUUACUUUGUGUGUACUGGCUCAGAAGCUAAUGACCUUGCUCUUAGACUAGCAAGAACAUACACCAAGAACAAAGAUAUGCUGGUCCUUGACAGAGCUUACCAUGGACACACUGGAAACCUUAUUGAUAUCAGCCCAUACAAAUAUAAUGCCCCUGGGGGAGAGGGUAAGAAGAAACAUAUCCAUGUGAUUCCYUGUCCUGACCCCUACCGGGGUGUGUACAAAGGCUAUGGUCCAGAGACUGGUGAGCUUUAUGCCAAURAAGUCAAAGCAUUAAUUGAAGAAGCUAAAGAAAAUGGUCGAAAGAUUGCUGGRAUCAUAUGCGAGUCUGUCCAAGGAUGCGGGGGUCAAAUUGUCUUUCCUGAUAACUUCCUGAAAACAGCAUUCAAGUACGUCAACGAAGCAGGCGGAGUCUGUAUUGCUGAUGAAGUACAGUGUGGCUUUGGACGCACAGGGAAAACAUUCUGGGGAUUUGAAGCUCAAGGUGCCAUGCCUGACAUUGUCACUCUCGGAAAACCCAUUGGAAAUGGACACCCAUUAGCAGUUGUGGUCACUACACAGGAAAUAUCUGAAUCAUUUGCAGCUACAGGAAUGACUUACUUUAACACUUAUGGUGGUAACCCUGUGUCCUGUGCUGUUGGUAAUGCUGUUCUUGACGUUCUUGAGAGAGACAACCUUCAAAAGCAUGCCAAUGAUGUUGGAAAUUUCUUCAUUGAAAAACUGAAUGAAUUAAAACAGAAGCAUAAACUAAUAGGGGACGUCAGGGGAACUGGGUUAAUGAUUGGUAUUGAAUUAGUCAAAGACAGAGAAACAUUGGAACCAGCCACCUCCUUAGCAAACCAAGUUGUUUACAGGGCCAAGGAUGACUUUGUGUUGCUAAGUACAGAUGGCCUUCAUAACAACGUCCUUAAGAUCAAACCACCAAUGUGUUUCAACAAGGAAAAUGCUGAAAAUGUCGUAGAGGUUUUGGAUAAAAUUCUCACAGAGUUUGAGUCAAAUGAAUGCUUAUAAGAGUAAAACUUAAUAUAUAUUUAAUAACAAUGCGUAUUUUCAGAGGGCAACUUUAAGGUGCUAGAGUUUGCUGUUUAUUUACAAUCAAAAUCUAAUAAUCGAUCAUUUUUUGCCACUUUGCUAUCAUGCAACUAAAAUCAUUGUGUGUAAACAGCCUUGCAAUUGUUGUGGUAAUCAAAAAUCAUAAAGUUGCAUCUAAACUUCAUGCUCAAAACUCAGGCAAUAAUCAUGCAAUAUCACACUGCAAAAAUUGCAAGACAGUGUAAAUAAAGGAGAAUUACGGCUACCAUGUCCUGUUUGGCACAAGAGCAAAAAAUCAACUAAAAUAUAAUGAUUUACACAAUAAGAUUUCGCAGGUUUAUGAAAGUGGCCCUGAAUUAUGAAUUGCAAUACAAUGAUACCAAAAAUGUUUAUAAGCUAUGUUUUAUAUUCACAAGCAAUUUUAUUUUAUUGCUGCCAGAUUUAUUUCAAUUUAGCCUUUACAUCUCAUUUAUGAAUAAAUAUAAUAAUGGAAAUUAUCUCAAAUACUUAAGGGUUAAGACGGAUCAAGAAUGAAGUAAUCAAUAAAUAGUACAAACAAUAGUAUUAACAAAUCUUCAUUUCUUAUUUAAUUUAUUUUUAUUUAACUUUAAUUACUAAUCGCAAAGUUUGUAUAUGUCACAUUUAAGUUUAACAAUAGUUUGUAAAGGAAAAAAAGUUGUUUUAUUUGUAAUUAAUGCUAAAUAGCAUUGAUAGCAAACACUAAAAUUGUAAACAACAGUAGAGUGAUUGCACUUAAACUGUGCAACUGUACAAACUAAAAUUAAUAGUGCUAUUUAGUUGUAUUUAGUAAAUCGUGCAUGCGAUACGUAAAUUAAAUUGAAUUGAUACAAAUGACAGAAGUACUCAAUACCGUCUUGCUUCAGGUCCACUUUUAGUACAAAUUAGUACUAUACUUAGAUUUUGUACAGUUGCACGGUUUAAGUGCAAUCACUCUACUUAAUAGCAGAUUUAAGACAAAAAUCCAAACAAAUAGUCGCUGCUGUAAUGCAAAUUAUCAUUAAUUGGAUUACUAUUAUUUAUUGGUUAAUAAUGACAUUAUCUCAGAAGGUUGUCCCUCUGAGCUUGAUCUGUUGUAAACCAGCCUUUCCAAAUAUUUUUAAAAUAAAAAAAUUGUGAUAACUGACUACUUUAA